AAAGGCUGCUCGAUGAUUGCGAGCCUCGAUUUUCUGUCCUGUGACGAGCGCGUGGAAGGAAGUUGAAGUGCGUGUCACACAUACUUGGCUGGAAUCUCUCCUCGGCUGACAUAUCAUGGCUGCAGAAGUGGGGAAGCUGUCCAAGAACUUGCUGCGUAUGAAGUUCAUGCAGCGCAGCCUUGAUGCAGAGACCAAAAAGCAGUUAGAAGAAGAUGAGAAGAAAAUAAUCAGUGAUGAGCACUGGUACUUGGAUUUACCAGAACUAAAAGAGAAAGAAAGUUAUAUAUUUGAAGAAAAGAGUUUUCUGCCAUGUGAAGAUUUCCUGUAUGGCAGAAUGUCCUUUAAAGGAUUUAACCCUGAGGUUGAGAAAUUAAUGAUUCAACUGAAUUCAAGAACAGAGACAGAAGAGAUUGUUGACGAAGGGAAAAUGGAUGUUGAUGUGUCUGAUGAAGAAAUGGCAAGAAGAUACGAGUCGUUAGUGGGCACCAUCAAGAAGAAAUUUACGAAAAAAAGGAACCAGAAAGAAUUAAAUGAAGACAAAGAUGUAAACUCUAAUGUUAGAAGCAGCAAAGUACAAAAAGUGUUUCUGAAGCCACAAGAUUAAAUAGUUUCGAAUCUGUCAGAAGAACUGCUGUUUGUCACUGUUUUGGAAGAAUAGACCGUGGAUGUAUUACACGUUAAGUGGCUUUUCUUCCUCUGCACACAGCGGAUAUUUACAUUUGUAUCUUCAUUUUAAUUCAGUUUUAACACCUUGCUAAUUUGGAUGAUACGCCUUAUAAAAAAAGAAUACCCCAGAAAAGCAUCCAUUACCGUACAAUUGAUUUUUAUGGUUUUAAUAUCAUAUAGACAUAUCAUCUGUUAAAUGUUUAUAUGCACCUACUAAGUCUUAAACCAGUGUGGGUCUUUGUACCACUGAAAUAGAAAGUGAAUUCAUUCCAGUUUCUCAACAGGCAGGUUGCUCAAGCCCAUAAUUUAGGCCAGGGGAAGGCUAUGGUAUUACAUGUUGGAUAAAGGGUUUGCCAUUUGACUGGCUGAGAUUGCAAAAAGUUGUUGGUGAAAUGCUCCUGUUUUAGGGCUGUAAGUCAGUGUGCUCUUUGCUUUUAUUUGCCUAAACAUUUUAUCUAGUUUAUUUUAUAUUAUGGUUGAUUACCUUGUGUUACUUUUCAUCUGUGUUUCUAGUAAUUAUAAAAAAAAGCAAAGUUUUUUUUAAGCUUCCUUUGUACCUAACAUUUUGUUUCCAAAGUACUAUAAUAUAUGUAGAGGAAGAGUUGCAUAUGUAGGUCCUCUAAAUGCUGUGAAUAUAUAUGUAUGUAAUAUAUAUACGUACGCACCAAGCAAUAGGAAAAGGCACCAAUAUUUCUGUAAUGAGGUAUGAAGUAGUUUAUAGCUUUAGGAUUGACUUUUUCAGUGUUCCAUCAGUGAGUGCCCAGUCAUCCAUUUUGUUUUGUUUUUUAUUGGACUGUGAUUUACAAAUUUUUUUUUUUUUUUUUUAAUGAUAAUAGAAUCUUUUUCCAUCCCCUAGAGCUGUAAUUUUCAGGGAUACAACAGCCUGAGAACAAACACCUCAAUACCUAUGGACCACUGGAAGCCAGGUUUCCACUUGUUGGGGAUGGUGCAUUAUUUGGAAAUGAGCUUUUAAUGAAUUAUAUUUGAGAUGCAGAAAAGAACAGGUCUUCGUUUUUACAAAUGAUGUCAAUGAUAACUGGUCUGUUUAAAUAUGAAUUCAUCUCUGCUCAUUAAAUAUAUUUUUUUUAAA